GAGCCGGCUUACGGCCAGUACCGGAGAGGACUGGGGCUGGGCAGGCCACGAUAGAGGAGGCGUGGGGAGCCGGCGGGGCGUGGGAAACAGACAUCACCCGGGCCCAGGGGCGCGCAGAGUCGGCUGGCCCGGAAGCGCAGGCUGCCCCGCCUCGGCCGGAAGCGCAACGAGGAAGGCGGAAGCUGCUGCUCCCGCGUCGUGCCGCGUCUGCGGUGGGAGACGGGCCGCUCGGCCAACGUAUACGACCCUCUGCCGGCGGGCGCCGGGACCAGCUGGAGCACGGCAGGUAUAAGGGCCCGGCGCGGCCGUGGGAAAGGACUCUCUUAAAGGCCAGCCGAUUCGUAUCGGUUUGUUAUCGUGAGGAAGAAGAAAAAAUGUCACAAAAGCAGAUGAAGGAAGCUUUUGUCAGUAACCACAAUGGAACCAGCGUGCUGGAAAUUACCCAGGGCUUGUGCUUACCUGCGCUCUGUAUCCUGUGCAGAGGGCUGCUGAUCGUUCUCUCACAGCACUUGUGUUUUUCUUCACAUACCUGGAUAUCUCGAUUCUUCAUUGACUUUGUUUUCCUAAUAGUCCCCCAGGUGACCACUUUGACCAUUUUGUCUUCAUUUAUCUUACUUGAGCACCUCGCUGUAAUUAUCUUUGGGGCAGGGCUAUUCUAUCAAAUAUACUGCAGGAGAACUUGCUAUGUCAGAAUGCCCGUCCAGAAAAUCCUUGAAAAAUUCUUAAAAACCAGUAUAGAAUCAGAAUACAUUCCAGCCAUCUCCUGUUUCCGUGUAAUUAACAGUGCAUUUACUACUAUUGCCAUUUUGGCUGUGGACUUUCCCCUUUUCCCUCGAAGAUUUGCCAAAACUGAGCUCUAUGGGACAGGAGCAAUGGAUUUUGGAGUAGGAGGCUUUGUUUUUGGGACUGCAAUGGUUUGUCCAGAGAUUAGGAGAAAAUGUUUGGAAGGGUCCAGAGUUUACUAUCUUACAAAGUCAUUGUUAUCUGUUUGGCCAUUAGUCUUCCUAGGAAUAGGACGAUUAAUCAUUAUAAAAUCCAUAGGCUAUCAAGAACAUUUAACUGAGUAUGGAGUUCACUGGAACUUUUUCUUUACCUUAGUAGCUGUGAAAUUGAUAACAUCACUGCUUUUGAUUUUUUUCCCCCUAAAUAAAUCCUGGAUUGUGGCUGUGAGCAUUACUGUAUUAUACCAACUAGCCCUUGAGUUUACCCCACUGAAAAGGUUAAUUUUGUAUGGCACUGAUGGCAGUGGCACAAGGGUUGGUUUGUUAAAUGCCAACCGAGAAGGAAUAAUCUCUACCUUGGGGUAUGUGGCAAUACACAUGGCUGGUGUGCAGACAGGGUUAUAUGUGCUUAAAAAAAGGUCACAUAUCAAAGACUGGAUAAAAGUAGUAUGUUGUAUUCUACUGACAGCUGUUAGCCUCUUUAUAUCUCUUUACAUGGUUCAGGUAAAUGUAGAAAUAGUAUCUCGAAGAAUGGCCAAUUUAGCCUUUUGUAUUUGGAUAGUUGCUUCUAGCCUGAUCCUUCUUAGCAGUUUAUUACUGGGUGAUAUAAUUUUGAGUUUUGCCAAGUUUCUAAUUCAAGGGGCUGUAGUCCCAUGUUCUUGGAAUCUGAUCCAGUCCCCUGCUACAAAUAAAAAGCAUUCAGAAUCGCUAGUUUCUGAAGCUGAAAGAAAGGAACCCAGUCUUUGUCUAAUCACAGCUCUGAACAGAAACCAGUUGAUUUUUUUCUUGCUGUCAAAUGUAACAACUGGCCUGAUUAACCUGUUGAUAGAUACAUUGCACAGCAGUACCAUGUGGGCCUUAUUUGUGCUCAAUCUCUAUAUGUUUACCAACUGUUUAAUUACAUAUAUAUUACACUUGCAAGAUAAGACUAUAAAAUUUUGGUGAUCAAUAGGGAUAGGAUGUAUCUGUGUUUGAGCAAAGUUAAUGAGGAAGAAUAUUAAAUGUGAAGAAAAUGGGCUUUUGGCAAUCCAGUGUUAACUAUAUUUUAUUAUAAAAUUAAGUUUCAAUCCUCUAUUAGUGUAGCGAUGCUUAAUAUUUUAAUGUAUCUCAACACUAUGUAAAACCAGUGGAGAAGAACAAAGCCUCUGACUUGUUAGAAAUUCUUAUUUAUUAAAUUUUGGUAUUUUACAGAAACUUGUUAUUAUAGUUGGGACACUGGAAGAUUAGAGCAUGGGGAGGAGGGUUUUUACUUUCCAUCUUAUACCAUUCUGUAUUUUUUAUUGUAUGUAUUUUAAUAUUUACAUGAAAACAUCUCAGUGUGAAUUGUG